AUGGGCGCAUGCACAUCAUCUCGCCGGGAAUCGACGAGUAGGAGGCGAGAAACUGGGCGUCAGCCUUCCUAUAAUGGAGGAAACACUCCAUUGAAGCCUAAAAAGGCACUCGCUGAAUGGUCUCAUACAACCCCACUCACCAAAAUCCAAUUAACGUCUAUGAGGAAUCAGUUUUGGGAUACCCAGCCAUCGUACUCUGGAAGGAUUGAGAUCUGGCAAGCACUACGAGCAGCUGCUGAAGCCUCAAACCUGGAACUGGCGCAAGCGAUUGUGGACUCUGCUUCGAUAUCUGUUCCUUCUGGGUCGCUUGAAGAUGGAGCUUACGACGAAUUAGGAAACCUAUACGUCAUUCCAAACUAUUGCAUAACAGACCCCACCAAUCUCCUACGGGAGGACAACAAUCCGUCGUCACAGACUAAACUGAGGUUUAGUAAAUCCCAACGAGUGGGGGAAGACACAUUCAUAGAUGGAAGCAACGAUACUGUGACACCCGAUCCGUCAAAGGGAUCACCAUCAAGAGAAACGUCGUCACCAACAAAGAUGAAAGUCAUUGCCCGAUUAUCCACAAACCAGGACGUCACAUUGAAUCUGUCACCCGAAGAUACGUUUGAGACUAUUGAGCAGGGUGUCCGCUCAUCACCACAAGUGAAUGGAACGAGUAUAACUAGAGUGAGGUUCUUCUUUAUGGGAAAGCCCAUUUCUCCAACAACGAUUCUGAGUGCUGCAAAAGUGGGGAACAAUUCGGUUGUGCAAGUUAUGAUUGCUUGA